GCAAGAUCCUGGGAAUGAGAGCUGGCAGCUGGCUUAGAAAAACUGGUGUGGAGAUCUGGAAGACAGGUGAUCCUGGAGACAGAGGGAGGUGAAUAAACACAAUCAAGACAAAAUAUGGCCGAGGGUAACAGUCCAAAAGGCAGCUCUGGUGACUUUGCUAAAAAAGUCCAAAGACAGCUGAGCAGAAGCAAAGAAAAGGUACUGCAAAAGCUGGGGAAGACAGUGGAGAGCAGAGAUGACCAAUUUGAACACUGUCUCCAACAGUUUAAUGACCAACAGAGUGAUGGGAACCGAAUGCACAAGGACCUUAGGAUAUACAUUAAUGCAGUUAGAGACAUGCGUGAAGCUUCAAGACGCCUUUCCCAGUCUCUGUUUGAUGCCUAUGAAACAGACUGGGCUGGAGAGGAAGAUUUAGGAGGCAUUGUAGAGGGGGAGGACCUCCUGUGGAAUGACUAUGAGGUGAAGCUAUUAGACCAGGCCAUACGCACCAUGGAGUCCUAUGUGAGCCAAUUCCCAGAUGUGAGGGAGAAAAUAGCAAAGAGGGGAAGAAAACUGGUCGACUACGACUCUUCCCUCCACCACCUGGAGGCACUGCAGACUGCUAAGAAGAGGGAUGAUGUCAAGAUAACCAAGGCAGAAGAAGAGAUGAACGCUGCCAAACGUGUCUAUGAAAGCAUCAACAAUGAGUUAAAAGAAGAGCUGCCUGUGCUCUAUGAAAGCCGUAUUGGAUGCUACAUUUCAGUCUUCUCAGCUGUAACAAAUUUACGAGAAAUCUUCUAUAAGGAAAUGAGCACGCUCAACCUUGAUCUAUACAGUGUGAUAAAGGAGCUGCAGGCUCAGCACCCGGACAAAGUGUUUGCUGUGAAGGGAAUGCAGCGGUAUGGCUCCCUGAAGAGAAGAACUCUGAUGUCCCCUAAGGCCUGGAAAGCCAGCUUCUCUGAGUUUCACAAGAGCUAUAAUCCUAAUCCUAGCCAGAGAUUCAGUUUCAGGUCCCCAGACAAACCUCGCCACAGCAGUCUGUCUAGAGAGAGCAGCACCCUUGCAGUCUCCCCAAAAUCACCUAUUCUGGAGAGCCCGUCCGCAGAGGCCAGGGACCUGGAUGCAGGAUCGAGCCACAGUGAAAUCCACAGUUCUCCUGAGAAAGAAGACGCUGCAGCGGGGGCGUCUGUAAACGAGCUGAAGUCGGGCGAAGACAGCAAUCAGGUGGAGGAGGAAAAGGCCAUGGAGGAAGAGGAGUCUGAGCCUAAGCCUCUUGCAGAGUCUGAUAAUAAGGGAGACGGUAAAAAGGCUCCACCAAGUGAGAGCAGCUCUGAACUGAACAACUCCUGUGAUUCAGAAAGCUUGGAGCUCCAGCUGUCUGCAGCAGGCGACAGCCCGCUGCACAUUGAAGAAAGAGAAGGCAGCCCGGUACACCUUGACACUUCUAAACCAAAUGGACUGGAGAAAAGUGAGAUGUCUGGGUUUAACUCUGACACUAAGGACCUGAGCAUUCAUUACAAGGAUGUAGUUUCGGCAGAAAAACAGGCAUCAGUGGACUCAAAAAGCAGAGAACAGAAGGGAUUGAAGUCAACAGCUGCACAAGAGAAAAAAUGUGGAGACAGCUGCACUGAAGUGUCCAACUGUGGUGUCAUGAAUGAUGUAUAUGACUUGUUGGUGUUAGUUUUCUUAUUUAUCUGUUAUUGAAAUCCACUGUACAUACAGGUCACAGCCGGGGUAAAGCUUCAUCUGUUAUAUUUUUGUAAAAGCUUAAUUAUCCAUUCAAAAGAGAUACAUUACUGCAGGAUGAUUUUUUUCAAUUUUGAACUGGAUUUUAUCUCACAGAUGCCAUUGUAUUCUGCACCAAACAGUUACAGUUUCAAAUACGAGUUGUUGUUUUAGGUGCCCAAACAUAAUGCAGGAAUAGGUUUACAUUGUUAGAAAACGUUCUUACUAUGUAUGGUCACUGCUGUUUGCAGAUGUACUGCACUGUGAUUUUAAAAGGACCUGAGCUAAACUCCACUCUCCACUGUCUAAAAUACUUGGAAAUGAUUUUUUAAGUAAUUUCAUUUCUUUUUCUUAACUUUUUAAUCAGUUUUGUUGGCAGUGAAUCAGCUGCGAUUCAUUUUUUUAACUUCAUUUUUCAUUUUAGUUUGAAUUAAAGUCACAAAACUGCAAUCUGUUAAUUCGGUAUGCACUGUGAAGAUCAAUCAUUGCUUAACUAUGAACAGUGAUCUUUUUUUGUAUCACAUU